UUUAAGUUGUAAGGUUAUAUGGCGUAUUUCAUGGUUAUGUGAUUAUCUACUAGUUUUUAGUGCGUAUUUAUUAUAUAUAAAAUAUUUACAUCGUGUGCAACAUUUAAAAAAUCUACCAAUUUGAAAUGAGUAUAAAGAGAUAAAAAGUUCAACUGUAAAAUAAACAAAUCAUCUGCAAUUAUGGUUUGGAACCCAGUAGCUAAUUUUGCAAAUUGCAUUAAAUCUAGACCUCCACUUGUUGUUUUUGCCCUGUGCUUGUUUAGUUUUUUAAUUACUGCAGUUUCGUUAGCCUAUUACGUCCAACACGACAACAUUGAAAAUAAAGAUGCUCAAGAACAAUGGCUUUCACUAAUCCACUUCAUUGACAAAACAGGGUUUUGUAUACAAGAUGAUGCUGCUGAUACAAAGACAAAUUUUUCUGCCGCAGACAAAGUAAAUAUAAAUACCUAUGCAAUUGUUACUUCACCAAUAACAAAUAGGACUUUUGUUCAGGGAAUAGUCUCCUUAAAAGAAUGGUCCUUUCCUUGUUUGAAUGAAGCUGAAAAACCGGAAAACAUUGAACUGUCUUUUAAUAUCCAUUCAAAAGAUAACAGUGAUGAUAGAAAUGUUUGUGUAACAAUAUCAGGUCCAAAGCAAUUCAUGCCCAAAGUUGAUAGUCAUGUUGAAUGUCCAAUUUCAGAGGAAAAAGAGGUUUCCAAGAAAUUAUUUAUAUACAAUAAUGCAGGUAGAUGUGUCAAUAGGCCUGUAAUGAGACUAGAGUUUGAUAGUAGCAGUAUUAAUAAAGUGGAAUCAGAAGAAUACUUAUCAUCGGAUGAUAAAGAAGUAAUAUACAUGCAUCUAAUUGCUACUAGCUAUUUUAUUAUAUUUGUAAUUUUGGUGAUAAUUUGUUAUGCAUUAAUAAGAGGACAUAAAGUUGAACAGAAACAAGAUGCUAGACAUCUCUUAACAGGAAAGAUUUUACACACUUGAUGGAGCAAUAUUAUAUUUUACAAGUAUAUUAUAUUUUCUUCCCAUAUUUUUGUUGUUUAAGGCAAAACCAUUUAUAUGUAAUUUGUUGUUAAAGUCCGUAAAUAAAGUGAUCUUAUCAAA